GGCGCUCCGCCCCGCCCCGUCCCCCGCGCGGCGCCGUGGUACGCUCCGCGCGCUCCGCUCGGCCCAAGAUGGCGGCGCCCUUGUGCAGCCGGGUGCUGGGGCCGCGGGUGCUGCCCUGGAGCCGGGAGCUGCCGUGCGCCUGGCGCGCCCUGCACACUUCCGCGGUCUGCGCCAAGAACCGGGCGGCCCGAGUCCGAGUAAGCAAGGGGGACAAGCCAGUGACCUAUGAGGAGGCACACGCGCCUCACCACAUCGCCCACCGCAAGGGCUGGCUGUCGCUGCACACAGGUAACCUGGAUGGAGAGGCCCAUGCUGCAGAGCGAACGGUGGAAGAUGUUUUCCUUCGCAAGUUCAUGCUGGGCACCUUCCCGGGCUGCCUGGCCGACCAGAUUAUCCUGAAGCGCCGGGCUAACCAGGUGGAGAUCUGUGCCCUGGUCCUGAGGCAGCUGCCUGCACACAAGUUCUACUUCCUCGUGGGCUACAGUGAAACUCUGCUCUCCCACUUUUACAAGUGUCCUGUGCGUCUGCACCUCCAAACUGUGCCAUCAAAGGUUGUGUAUAAGUACCUCUGAGACAGUCGCCUUUUUCGCAUCAAGCUCUAGCCCUUAAAGGACAGAAUCACGUGGGGAAAGAGUGAAGGGAAGUGGGGGAAAUAGAUCCACUCAGAGUGCUGAGGCUUCGUCGUCAAAGCUGCUGUUGAAUAAAUAGACUCCAUGUGUCUUGCCUCUCAGUCUGUCUUUACUCUUUAGGUGAGGGAACUAGGAUAGGGUUCUGGGAGGAUGCGCCAGGACUCCCGGAAGGCUGCCACUUGUCUGCGGUUUAGGUAAUAGCUACAGCUCAGUGAGUAUCUUGAGCCAAUCACUGUGUCAGGAACUUUAUGUAAACCUCUUUGUUUCCUCUCCAAAUGGAAAGAUCCAUCUUUGGUGACUAUGAAGUAAUAAAUGUUAAUUUUUAAAAAUCAAAAUGUGGACAUGUAUCAAAUCGAUCAUGAAACUUGCUUGUAAUUCUACCCCAGAGAGAACUACUACGGACAGUUCGUUGUAUUUUAUUUCCAGAUGUACUUAUUUUCUGGCAGUAUUUUAAUGCAUACUUAUUGUUUAUUAAACAAGCUGUAAUUGA